AUGAACCCGAAGAAGGCACCAGGGGAGGACGGUAUUACGGCUGAUAUCGCCCAAGAAAUAGCCAAAUCCACACCACUACUUCUUGACCUGUACAAUAAAUGCCUCCGAUCGUUGUAUUUCCCAAAAGCUUGGAAAAGGGCCUACAUCAGAGUCAUCCUAAAGCCAGGCAAAGACGCUUACGACACGCCCAAGGCAUAUAGACCCAUAGGACUGCUCCCAGUGUUAGGAAAGAUCCUGGAAAAAAUUAUAGUGAGACGACUGACAUGGGAGAUCCAAAAUGGGAAAGGAAUGAAUCCUAGGCAGUACGGGUUUGUGCCCCAGAGGAGUACAGAGGAUGCAGUCUACGACACUCUCACAUUCGUCCACAACGGCCUCAAGAAGAAACAGCUGGUGGCCCUCGUAUCCCUGGACAUCGGAGGGGCAUUUGACUCCGCAUGGUGGCCUGCGAUAAUCGUGCAACUCAGGAGAAAGAAUGUCAGCCAUUACACUAUGGGUAUACUGUGUAGCUAUCUUAAAGAUCGGGGAGUGAAGCUGGGUUACCUGGGAGAGGAAGUCCAGAAAGAAACGGGAAGAGGCUGCAUCCAGGGAUCCAUAGGACGAGGACCGACACUGUGGAAUCUCCAGCUAGACCCACUCCUGGAGGAGGCAGAACAAAAAGGGAAAGAAGUCCAAGCCUUUGCAGACGAUAUUCUGGUGAUGGCAAGCGCUGACACGACUAAGGAACUGGAGGCCAAGAUAAAUGAGACUCUAAAACUCGUAGAGAAAUGGGGUCACUCCAAUAAAAUGAAAUUUGCUCCGCACAAAACUCAGGCCAUGCUGAUUACCAAAAAACUAAAAUAUGACGAACCAAAACUCAUUCUUCAAGGCACCACGCUCAAAUUACUAGAUGAAAUAAAAAUGCUAGGCCUCACCAUCGAUAGGAAUCUCAGUUUCAAGUCCCAUCUUGAAAGAGUGGCAGUAAAGGCACUUGGUCUUUACAAGAGAGUGAGCAUGGGGGAGAUCUGGCGUAGAGUGUACGCAAGGAACAGGCUGCACCAGCUGACGAGGGCGUUCGCUAUAAGGGUAGCGAAAGCGCAUAGGACUGUGUCCCUAGUGUCGGCCGCCCUUCUGGCAGGAAUAAUCCCAUUGGACCUGAGGUUAAAGGAGCAAAGAGACCUCUACGAGGUAAAGAGGGGUAAAGAACUAGAGACCCUUCCGGACCGAUCUCUGCAAAAACGCUUACAUUCCGCACAGCUCCCACACCCUUCGAAGCGCAGCCGCAUCGAUUACGGGUAUAUAAACCGACUUCGAGACUUGGAGCAAGUGGAGGAGGGAGUGCUCGAGUGCUACACAGACGGAAGCAAAAUCGAGGGAAAAGUCGGAAGUGGCGUGGUCUGUUAUAUAGAGAACAAAGAGGUUGCGGCGACGGGCUUCAGAGCAGCACUGCAGGCCAUCUCAGAUCCGGAGUCGCUGAACCCCAUUGCGGCAGAAGUCAGAGCUAAACUGGACACCGCCCGAGACAGAGGAAAAUCCAUCACCCUCAUGUGGAUAAAAGCCCAUGUGGGGAUGCCGGGAAAUGAAAGGGCGGAUGAACUGGCGAAAAACGCAGCUUUGAGAGACAAGCGGGCUCCACAAUUUGAUAGUUUCCCCCUGUCCUUCGCUAAACGAACCAUCAGGGACGACACGCUGGUAAGGUGGCAGCGACUAUACUCUACCACGGAGGCCGGAUCCGGAACCAGGCUCUUCUUUGAGGACGUAAAAAGAGCGAAGAGGAUCCUCAGCCAAAUGGACGCUGACAACAUAAGGUCACAGAUUCUUACGGGACAUGGUCGGAAAAUGGUGUGCAGCAACUGUGAGCCAGAGUUUAGGGAGCUGGGGAGACUGAUAAUAGUGGUGAUGGCGUCACAGCAGGCGGAGCUUGACGCUAUGCGACGCCGGAACCAAGAGCAGCAGAAUCUCAUAUAUAGACUGCUUAACCCAGCAUCCCUAACGGAGCGGUCCCCAAGCACGCCUACGCCAGGAGAAGAACGGAUGGGGGAGCUGGUCGAGGGAGACCGUGGCCCGGGGACCCCGCGGGACAGAAGCCCACACCUUGAAGAGACCGAGCAGCAGAUCGCGCUGCCCCCGGGCCCGGCUCUGUCUCCGCGGGAGUGUCUCCGGGAUUCUCCGCGGACCAGGAGGUGGAGAGAGAAGGAGCUUCUGGCCCGCGGACCCUCUGCCGCGGGUGUCCCCAAAACUAGGGAGGGACGUUUCCAACAGUGUGUGUUCUGUGGAUACUCCUCGGUAUCGAGGAAUAUCCACAGACACCUUAACCGAAUGCACAAAGGGGGACUGGGAGCCGACGAGAGUAAGAACAUUUUCAUAUAUUAUGGGUUCUUUAGGACCCCAGCCCCCCACAGGUUCUGCCCGCCGAAGUACAUCCCCCCGAGGGCGAUUCUUAAUAAAAUUAGUCGGCUGAACACGGUGUGGCUGGGUCUUGGCAGCCUCGAUGGCAACCACAAUUAG